AUGUCCGAAAAACAUCCGAUACAAACCUCACCCCCAUCGCCAACAGCCCUACGCUCUGUCGUCGAAAACGACAUCUACCUCCUCGGCGGCCAAGUGGCUAUCUUGUGCCAGUUCGCGCACCCCGCCCUUGCCAAAGGAAGCUACAACCACUCCUCGUUUGCAAGCCGAAUCCCGCAGCGCCUCCGCAACACGGCGCGCUUUCUGAAUGUCGCCGUCUGCGGCACGGAGGAAGAGAAAAGGGCCAUUUUCAGCGUCAUCCACAAAUAUCACGCACGUGUAAGCGGAGAUGACUAUAGCGCCGAUGACCCCGAGCUACACAAAUGGACGGCUGCCACGUUAUUCGUCUCAAUUGUCCUCGUGAAAGAGACAUUCUUCGGCCGAAUGGAGAAAGCCGAGAUGGAGAACUUGCUACGCGAGAGUGCAAUCUUCGGAACGAGCCUUCGAAUGUCGGCAGACAUGUGGCCACAAAGUCUUGAGGAGUUCUGGAGCUAUUGGGACUAUAACAUCGCCACGCUAGAAGUAACGGACAUGGCGCGCAGCCUUGCAAAAGAUCUGCUGUAUCCGAGGAACCUGCCCAUGAGCAUGGCGUGGUCGCUACCGCUUGCGCGCGUUUUGACAGUGAACUGGUUGCCGGAGCGUUUAAGGCGCGAGUAUAACCUGUACCCGACGCUGACGAGUCAAGCGGCGUAUUUGGGGAUUGUAGCCUGGACGAGGACGGUAUAUCCGUUCUUACCCGAGGGGAUCAGGGGGAGGAGGCAUGCGAUGUACAUGGAGGAUUUGAAGAAGGCUGUCCAGAAGAUAAAAGACACGGGGCAUUGGGCUGGAGUUUGA